GGUGCAAUUCAGUUCUGCAAACGUGAACGAUGCACCGCGUGAGCCCUCCCCCGACGUUGGCACAAUGCAGAAAACCCCUGCCACCUGCAGCGAUAACGCGGUACACCCUUCGUUAGCCUCGUCUUCCUUGUUCUCCCGUGCGGACGAGAUCGCACCCACGGAAGCCUCCCACCCGGUCAUAUCGCUUUUUCGACGUCUGUUGAUGCAAAGCGAGGACGAAGCUUCCACACCAUCAACAACGGGUUUGAAGAGGGAGUCCCCACCACGGGAGCUACGCAGCAGGAAAGGGGUGGGUGCUGCCUCCACGGGGGGUGCCACUCCUUUCCAAAGCAUGCGCCAGCAACAUCGUCUUAAAGUGGCGAUUGUGGGGGAGUCAGAGAGCGGCCGGACGACGCUGUGCAAAAGCCUCGAAGAUGCGGCGGAGCACAAAACGACCCAUCCUCUAGUCGCGUCAGGCCAACCCGCCGCGCUCAAGAUGGAUGCUGCUGUUCUGUCGGUGCAGACGUACGAUGUUGCAUGCGGCGACGACGCAGAUGCCCUGGGAGGCGAAAGCUCCAUCAACGCCUCUGUUAGAGGAGAGAAGCAGUGUCUGCUCGAGGUGACCGUCGUAGAUAGCGGACCCGCUCCGCUGAGCGACGGCGCCGGCACGAUGGCGAUGAUGGAGGCGGAUGUCGUCCUCGUCUGUUUUCCCCUCUGCCGACUCAAACAAGUUGUCCCGCUACAAAGCAAUGGGAAAUUUGGUCUCUCUCUUCGUCCUGCCCAACCGACAGAGGCGUUCAUUCACACGCGGGACUAUCGGCUGCUCACCACGCUGCUCAUGCUGUUGUCCACGCGGUGUGGAGGCGGGGCGGGCGAUGUCCCCUCAUCGAACUUUCCCUCCAUCGUCCUCGUAGGCACCUUUCAAGACGUGCUUACGGAUGCGUCUGUCGCGGCGACGCACACGAUACUGCGCGCACUGCAGCGUCUGUGUGAUGGCGUCCGACAAUGCUCGUCGUCAAUCCCGCCUGUUACUGAUGUGUCUGCCGUCAGCGCCACUCAGGCCACUGCGGUGUUGCUGACCAGCGAAAAGCACGUUACCUUGCGUGACUGGUGGCUCCUCCUCCUGCAGCGCGCAGCGACGGUGCACGCGUCGAGAAGACCACCUGCAUCGACUGCCUCGCCGAGUCAUCCACAGCCAUCUCGUGAAGCUUUCAUCGCGCUCCCCGCAUUGCUUCACUUACUCGCCCAUCCAAAUCGGCUGCACGCGCUGAGUGCAGGCGUGCGACAGAUCAAUAGCGGUAACGGCAGCCCACGCCUGUUGGAUGUGUCGGUGGACAAUUCUUUCACACCUUAUGCAUUUCAGGAAAUCGCCUCCGCUGCAAUGCGUGCCGAGGACGCGCGGGUGACGUCCUUAGUGGUGGACUUCAUCACGCAGCUGAAGGCGCGCAAGCGGGUGUGGAUGCUUCCGCUGCCGAAGCUGUGGCGGGUGGCGUACGCGCUAGGGAUGCAGUCGAGAGAGCAGCUAUAUUUGGUACUGCGGCAGAUGGAAGCAGCAGGCGAGGUGUUGCUUCUCGGGCGUGCGCUGAGCUACGCGCAGGAGGCCCGCCUUGGCGGAUGCGGCAGCACCAACGAGACGGUAUGUCUUUGCCCCGCUUUGCUACGGACCUCUUACUCGAUCCUGUACGUGUACGUGGACCGAGUGGCGCACCGACAGGGGCGACACGUGCGGAAGUGUCUACGCAAUGUUGAGCUGAGCGAAUGCGCGCUCGGGGAUCCGACCUCACUGGCAGCCAAAGGCAUCUUUCCCCUGCCGCUGCUGCGACGCCUUGCUGUGGCGCUUGGGUUGAGAAACACCUCGCCAAGUGAAGCAGCGGAGCUUCUCAUCGCCGCACUCAUUGGCUCGGACUUGGCCUAUCUUGCGUACGACCCCAGCAGCCAAGCCGGCAAUCCGGCACGUUCGCUGAGCAGGGCAUCCUUGGCAUCCCACUUUUCCAAUCCACAAGAUCCGCUGCAGCCACCGUUGUUGUCGUCCUCCUCGGCAGCACCGUCGCCCACACGGCGAAGAGGCGGCGAACGGCUGCACAGAAGCAGCGAUAGUGCGCCGGCUAGCCCGCUGCACUCUCGCGGUCUUGUGUUACCGCCUCCGUCUGUUGAAACGACCGCCAGCGUCACCGGCGACUCCUCACCAUCUAACUCGACCCCGGGAGAGUUCCCGCUGCUAACCCCCUCAGCCGCUGAUCUCCUAUUGGGCGUAGAGGAUGAUUCCAACUACUCGCCGAACAUCACUGUGGCGGAGUUAACGUCGCUUUUUCUGCUCGGCGAGCUCACCUCGUCUCAGGCCACUUCUGAGUCCGUUCAAGCCACUGCGCAGCGAAGUGAGCGCUCUUCCAGUCCAACGCGCUGCAUGCCACCUCCCGAGGACGACGCGGUGCUCAUCGUCCCCUCCCUGCAGCAAAGAACGUUGUGUCCUGAUGCCGUGACGCACCACAUAUUGGCGCGCGCUAGUGCAACUGAAAGCGCUGCUUCCUCAGGACAAAGUCUGCGAUCGUCGCAGGUGCUGCUGCGCGUCGAGCCCUACCCGUACGAUCUCGUUGCGCUGCUCACGUGUCGCUUUGCCAGCCUGGCACUCCGUGUAGAGAGGGCGUAUUCUAAUGCGGCGCUGCUGUCUUACAACGUGACCGAACUGCUGCGUCCCACCACCGAUCGCGCCUCUCGUUCUCAACGGAAGCGCGACGCAGCGUCUCAGCUAACGACAGACGGCUGCUGUUUUCUCUUCUGUGCUCCCCCGUCCGACGAGACGGCGGCGGCAGUCUGCUGCUCUACGGUGCUCCGGCUCGUUUGCUUUGCCGAUUCGCACAUGCGCGUCGCACGCCUGGCACUUGCACUGUGCACGGAGAUGCACCUGUUUGCGCUGCAGCGACUCCCUGGUGUGACCGUGGCACAAGCACAGGACACCGACGCGUCUGCGGACCGUGACGCUGCUACACACGGUGUUAGUUGCGCCAACGUUGCUGCGCUGCUUUGCUCCUUAAACAGUUUGGCGUGA